AUUUAUUUAUUCAUUUAUUUGUACACAACAAACAAAGCGAUCAAAGUGAAGCAUCAAAUAAAAAAACAGGAUGUCAACCUUAACCAAGCAAAGUACUGAAAUUUGUCCAGGACCAAAUAACAGAGUUGACACAUAUUUAUGGAAAAUAAAAAAUUUCUAUUCAAUUUGUUCAAAAAACACAGAUAGAACAAUUAAACCAUCAUCAUUUGGACCAAAAUUAUCUGAUGGAUUGUGGGGUAUUUCAUUUUCUUGUUAUUUAAAUACGACAACUUUUAAACUUGAUCACUUCAUAAAUAAAAAAGAAGGUUCUUUACAAACUUCCUUUGAUAUCACAGUAAUCAAUAAAAAUUCUUCAAAAAAUAUUCAAACAACCGAAAAAAACAUUAAUUUAUGUAAAAUGGAAGAUAAAUCAUCAUACUUUUGUUCAGUACUUGAUAUAAAUCUUUUGGAGAUUGUUAGAUUAAGUCCUUCAAGUUGGCUGACAGAUGAUGUCUUAACAAUAUUAAUAAAACUUGUAACAGUACAUGAAAGUUUACCAACAAAAAAUAAUCAUCAAUUAAUAUCUGGAUUAUUAUCAUGUCUUCAAAAUGAAAAAUUUAGUGAUAUUGUUCUUGAAGUUGAUGGGAAAGAAUUAAAAGCUCAUAAAAUGAUAUUGUCUAUUAAAAGUCCAGUAUUUUCAGCAAUGUUUGAUCAUGAAUCCAUGAAAGAAUCAAGAGAUAAUCGUGUUGUCAUUAAAGACAUUGAUGUCGAUGUUGUUAAACAAAUGAUGGAGUAUAUUUAUACUGGAAAAACACCAUCAAAAAUUGAUGAUUGUGUUCAUGAUCUCAUUGGUGCUGCUGUUAAGUAUCAAAUUGAUGAUUUAAGAGAAAUUUGUGAAAAUAAUUUAAUGGAACGAAUGACAGUUGACAAUGCUGUUGAUACAUUAAUUGUUGCUGAUCGUUAUGAUGCCAAAGAAUUAAAAAACAAAGUUGUUGAAUUUAUCAAACAAAAUGUGUCGAUUGUUGAUUCAGCUGAUUUUAAAGAUUUGGAAUCUAAAAAUGCUCAUUUAGCUAUUGAAAUUCUGCACAAAUUAAUACCGGGAAAAUAA